AUGUCAGAACUGUACUCCGGGCUCCAAGUGGAUCAACGGUUUUCCUCUUUAGAGGAAUUCAAAUCGGUGAUCCGGAGCAUCUCUGUUCGGCAGCAUUGGGAGCUCCGGGUGAUUCGAAGUAAUAAGAAGAGUGUGGUCAUUGGCUGUCGAUCUGGGUCCAAUUGUUUCUUUCGUGUGGUGUGUCGCUCGAACAAGAAUGCGACUUACAUCACUAGUUUGCAAGACAAUCAUAGCUGCCGAAGAGGUGGGGACUCUCCAGUCCGAACGCCAGUGCGAUCUGAAGCCUCGCAUGUGCGAUUUCUGCUAAGCGAGAUUCCGAAGCUCUUCGACAUGGAUGCCAAAAUCCGAAGCCAGGAUGUUGUGGAUGCCGUGAAGCGGUAUCAUGGAUAUGAUAUCUCCACGAGACAGGCGCAGCGUGCGUUGAUCAAACUGCAAUCCCAAGAUGCAGUCAAUCAGAAUGACCAAAGUAUGAGUCUAGAUAUGAGCCCAGGCGAUCAAAACUCCCCUGUCCAUUCCCAACCCGAAUCACAGGGCGAUGCAGGACCAGCGUAUCGGGGCCUUUCGGAGAGCCGCUGGAUCACAGACCCUCUUCAACCCCCGUUAAUGGAGGAUGAACCCGUGCAUGCCAAUGAGCCACCAGAGAACUCUGUAGUGACAGCACACGCUCAAUCUAUUCGGCCUCCCCCGAUGCCACAACCGCCUUCAAUUGGAACCCCAAGCCAGUCCUCUAUCAAUGAUCCACGCCCUUUAGCCGUAUCGCAACCAGGUGUUGGUUUUGCGCCAUCUACUCCUUUACCAUUAUUGGCGGGCCAUCCUCACCCCAAACCUCCAAACUACCAGACGCGUAAUGACCACCCUGCUAUGCCUCAGAUGGUUCUUACAGACUUCAAAAUUGAGUUUACCUGUACAACCUGUGGAGCUUUGAACCAGAGCUUUUUCCCUAAUCAGGGCAAUGUUACCGGGGGUGCCUACAUGACCCACCACUCUGUUCCACCACCAGUGGCUGUCACGCGGCAUGGGGACCCUUCGCAACAUGGUCCAGAUGGCAAUGGGGCGGACGUCACUGAGGAUGGUGACUUUUCCGUUAACGCUAUGAAUGCGCGUGUCAUGCAGAAUCCAUGGGCGACCGGGGGCCUAGGUGUCCCUAUUGGGCCACCAAAUAACUAG